UAGACAUGUUAGUCUAACACAAAUACACAAAUACAUUGGAAAAAUAAAAAUAAAUUGUUUUGCUGAUCGAUUGCUGUAUUUUUUCUGAACUUCUGAUGUACAUCAAAUUUUCUCAGCCCCGAUCUGCCAAAUGAGGUCGCUCUUUGUGAUAGAGGGAACACCUUCUGUGCAAUAAGAAGGAAAACUUCAAAAUCGAUUCGAUAAAUAAAGGACAUAUUAAUAAGGAAGCGGAGUUCGUGGUUGUAAGGAAUACGGUGAUUCUGUGAUUUAGGGCUUUGGCAGAGAGGUUUUGUUACCUGCACUUUGAUUUGUAUAACUGAUAAUUAGUGAGAAGAAAAUGAAAUCGGUGAUUGGAAUAGUCGUGUCGAACAAGAUGCAGAAAUCGGUUGUCGUAGCAGUGGAUCGGCUGGUUCACCAUAACCUCGUUAAUCGCUACUACAAGCGCACCAGCAAAUUCAUGGCCCACGAUGAGAACAAUGACUGUAAUAUCGGCGACAAGGUGAGACUCGACCCUUCUCGGCCUUUGAGCAAACAGAAGAAUUGGGUUGUGGCCGAAAUAGUGAAGAGGGCUCGAAUUUAUGAGCCCCCUGCUUCUGCUCCUUCUGAUGCUGCUCGUCUUACAAAUGCUGGGAAAACUGGAAACUAAGAUUGUAGCGAUUUUUCACUCAGCGCAAGGCUAGGGUUGUUGAAGUUAACACAUCGUCUUGAAAACUUGACUGUUUUCACCAUUGUAGAUUAAAACUGAUCUUUUUUGUGAUUUGGGAUGUCUACAAGUAAUCAUUUUUUAAUGGAGUUAGGCUGUUUCCCUCAAAUAGUGAAUUUAUAAAACCCUAAUUUCUGUUUUCAGGAUAUCUAUGAGUGAUCAUGUCAAAGUUAAUGCGGAUACCAAUUAUAGUUUAUAAUGACAUUUUAAAGUUGACACCAAUACCAAUCAUAUUUUGUUUAA